CUCUCUCUCUCUCUCUCUUUCUCUCUCUCUGUCUCUCGGGGCCCCCCCGCGGAUUGCCGUGUCUCUCCCCCUCGGCAUCCCGUGAUACCAUCGGACGGACGGACGCGCGCGAACUUGGACGAGCCGCCGCGGCUUGAACGGCCGCGCGAGAUCGCUCGAUUUCAGUUAUCGACUUUUGGCGGGAGCAGCGCGAGCGAGAGCGAGUCUCCAACGCCGACUCGCGACACAUCCGGGUCUCUCUCCGAGUCGCGGAUCACAGCUCAUUCGCGUUACCGCUCAUUCGGUGACUGAUCAGCCACUCGCGCGGGCGAUCAGUAGCGAAUUGUUAUCCGAUCACGCGCAGCGCGCAGUGCCUCGUUCUGCCUCGCGACGACACACUUUUGGAGCACUCGGAUGAUUGCACGCAGCGCUCGUUGAGUCCUCCUCGUCUGUUCCUCGUUCGCUCGCUCGAUCGAUCGAGAUCAGGGGAGAGAAGUGUACCGCGACUUUUGAAGGAGAUACAAUCUCCACGGAGAGCGGCCGAGAGAGCAGCGCGGCGAAAAUCUCGCUCGCUCGCUCGCUCGCUCGCUCGCUCGCUCGCGCACACCCUCGACGUCGCCGGGAACGGGAGCGUCGCGCCGACCGGCGGGCUCUUGCGCAUCCGUCACCUGACGUCAGGUAGCGACCAGGUGGAGACCAGCGUCGCGGAAGGUGGACAUUAGCGCGGAGAAGAGGGGAGUCACUGGCGCCCUUAACACGCGUCAUCGCUCCGCCACGAGCGCAAAUCGCGCCGGAGCGAGCGAGCGAGCGCCUCGCGACACACACGUGGAGACGCCAGGACGCCCCAGGACGCGCGCGAGCGACGACGUCCCGGCCCCGUCGCCCGUGUGCAGUGAUAAAUGCGCGGCUCUGUCGCGGAUGACUCGGUCCUACGCCUUCGCCGAAAUGACGGUCACCUGGAUUAUCGCCUUGCUAGUCCUUGGCGCCGCCUGCCACGGUCUUCCCGUGGCCGACGAGAGCCCCGUUAACAAGAGUACGAUCGUGGAGGUCGCAAAUGUCGCGGAAGAGACAGCCCUUCCCGAAACGAAGGGUCAUUCCAUGGACGACGUGAUGCCAGGGACGAAGCCACCGCCGACCUCCGUGGUGUUCGUCGACGUCCCGGAGCACACGGAAACGGAACUCGGCUCGUCCGUUCUGCUGGCAUGCCGGACCGCCGAUCCUGUGGCCGAGUGCCAGUGGUCCUGGCAGCCAUUGCCACCGGUUCACCUGCCGCUUCCGGACAUCAGUGAAAGCCCGCCGGUCUCCACGACCACGGUGAUCUCGCCGAUCUCAACCACGGCGACUCCCACGACCCACCCGCUGCCGGUACGACAGUUUCCAGCGUUCGGGAACAACAGCAACGACUGCUCCGUGAGAUUCUCCAGCACCAAGCACGAGCAGACGGGAUACUGGACCUGCGCGGCAAGAAUCUCCACGACGGAUCCUUUCACUAACACCGAACCGGCCAAGCUCAGCAUUGUCAAUGCUAAUCACGGCAUCCUCAUCACGUUCGUGAAGCAUGAAAAUAUCAUCGAGGUGCCGGCGGGAUCCUCGGCGCAGAUAAUGUGCCAGACGAAGUCGCCGGUUCGAGAAUGUCAGUGGUCCUGGCGGCAACUCAACCAGUCGCAGCCCUGGAACCUCGACGUGAAAUCGUUUCCAGCCUUCGGUAACGACAGCACGGAAUGCAGUAUCAAGUUCAAGAACGUCCUGCCCGAGCAGGAAGGCUACUGGACUUGCGGAGCGCGAAUCGACCCGAAUUCCUCCUUCACCCAGUCGACUCCUGUUCGGUUCCUCAUAUCGGAAGUCGAGUUCGUGCAGCUGUCGCGCGGCGUGCAGGUUGCUGCCGGCGAGUCGGUCUUUCUGAGGUGCCUGGCGAACAAGCCGGUGGUACAGUGCGAGUGGUCGUGGAGGGCGUCGAACUCGAGCAAGGAACCGCUGGUGGUUAAGAAAUUUGGCCCGAACAAGGACGCCGAACACGACUGUUCCGUGCGAUUCAAAAACAUACUUUACGAUGAGGAAGGAUUAUGGACCUGCGGAGUCCGUUUGACGCCCGACGGGAUCCUGCAUACGGCUCCUGCGGCCACCGUCAGCCUCUUGCCCACUGCUAAGGUGAAUUUCGUCCAAGUGCCGACGGACAUGGCGGUGCUGGUUGGCACGGAGACCACGCUGAAAUGCGUCACCAGUAGUCGCGUGGAAAAGUGCGCGUGGACCUGGCGUCCGCUACACAGCAGCGAUUCUGAGAUCGUCGUCGAGGAAUUCCCGAGUAACGGCGACCUCGGUCGCGACUGCUCGCUGAAUCUCCCGCACGUGUACGUGGAGAAGCAAGGCCACUGGGGCUGCCAAGUGUCGAUCGCGUCGCUCAACACCGUUCUGACGUCGCCGCCGGCCAAACUCACGGUUUUCGAGCAAGACGAAGUAAAGUUCUCGGAGCUAUCGCAGGACAUCCAGAUUUCGUCCGGCGGCAGCGUCCUGCUGCGCUGCGUGACCUCUUCGACGGUGGAGCAGUGCCGUUGGUCUCUCACCCCGGUGAACUCCAACACCACGGUGGUGGUGAAGCAGUUCCCGGCGGCCGGGAACGAGGCUCGGGACUGCAGCGUCCGUCUCAGCCACGCUCUCGCCGAGCAGGAGGGCCUGUGGACCUGUGGCGCCAGGAUACGCGGCCGGCAGAACUACACAGACGCACCACCCGCGAAACUGAGCCUCCUCGAGCCAGAGCCGGUUACUGUCGCAGUUUGGGCCACACCUCAUCAGAUGGUUACUCUCGCGUGUAGAGUCGGAGUCGUAUCGUCGGAGACUAAAUGCCAUUGGAUACACGCUCCAAAAAUUCAUAUACAUCAGAACUCCAGCAAGCCCCAGCAAGCGAAGAAGAUGAGGCACAACGUGCAAAUGGAUUACAUCACGGGUGUAUGUAAACUAGUCUUCAAACCGGAUCACUCCGACCUGGGACAAUGGACCUGCAAGUUCACCGUCACUAAUGAGAACGCCGAAAUAGAGAUAGGAAAUGCAUCGCUCGUUCUGCUAAAUACCUUGGCAGAUAAGAAACUAGGAUGGAUCGUGGGUGCUCUAACGGCCAUGAUCCUGUUCCUGAUGAUAAUAGUCGUGGUGCUGGUGGUGUGCAAGACACGUAUCUUCAUCCGCAAGACACCGGAGAUCCUGGAAACCUUACCAUCCAAUGAAAGGGAGCGGAGUGCGAGAUGCUGCAACGACAGAUACAACGAGAAUUCGGGCAAGAUCAAUUUUGGAUUUUCGGCUGCAGAGAGCAGUCGCACGUCGAAUAUCGACAGCGUCCUGUCGAACCGGAGUCCGCGCAUCUACAAUCGUGCAGAGAGAAUCCAUGAAACGUCCAAGAUAUACGAGAACGUUGGAUUGUAAUAUGCCGAUCUCGCCGAUACGAGACGUUUUUUCAUUCGCAUCACAGGAAAUGAUAAAUAAAAAAAAAAGUUGUUCUGAAAGAAGAAAAUAAAAGAAAGAAAAAGUGUACUUUCUUCGUUCUUAUGAACAUUAUGAGCGAACGUCAGUACUUCAUGCAACUCUCCCAAGAGAACUUCCUUCCAGAGUAAAUUUUGUAUAAAUGUAAUAUCACAUAAUUAGUAUAUAAUAGAUAUAUGUAUAUUGUGUGUUUU